AUGGAGCCUAGAGUCAAUGAACGGAUGAAUAGAGAUCUUAUACGGCCUGUAUCAGAUGCUGAAAUCAAGAAAGCAGUAAAGGCGAUCAAGAGUGACAGUACCCCUGGUGUUGAUGGUAUGACAGGACAGUUCUUUCAGAAUUUUUGGAGUAUAGUUGGUCCUCAAGUGACGCAAGAAGUAAGGCGUUUCUUUGAAGACGGUUAUCUUCCACCGGAUUGGAACUAUACUGAGCUAUGUCUGAUUCCGAAAGUUCCAAAUCCUAACAUGAUGAAGGAUCUGAGACCUAUCAGUCUUUGCUCGGUAGUAUACAAGAUUGUUUCUAAUAUCUUGUGUGAUCGCCUUAAGCUGGUACUCCCACAUAUUAUCUCCCCUACACAAGGUGCCUUUGUGGCUGGCAGACUUAUCUCCGAUAAUCUUUUGAUUGCUCAUGAAAUGAUACAUGGAUUGCGGACCAACCCGGUUUGCAAAUCAGACUUCAUAGCGAUUAAAACAGACAUGUCAAAAGCAUAUGAUCGUGUUGAGUGGGAUUUUCUGGAAUCACUCUUCCUGCGAUUAGGCUUUCAUCAACGAUGGGUGUCUUGGAUCAUGCUUUGCGUCAGAUCGGUAUCAAACUCGGUGCUUCUAAAUGGGCAAUCUUUUGGUCAUUUCACGCCACAACGAGGGAUUAGACAAGGUGAUCCGCUCAGUCCUUUUCUUUUCAUACUCUGUGCUGAGGCUUUGGUUCACACAAUGGAACAAGCAGAACGCUCUGGGAGUAUUUCAGGAAUGAAACUAGCGCCCCAGUGUCCGGCAGUUCAGCAUUUAUUGUUCGCAGACGACAGUUUUUUUCUUUGUAGAGCUACACUAGCUGAGUGUGCUGAGUUCCUACGGAGACUGAAGCUAUAUGGAGACUCGUCUGGUCAGAUGAUUAACUUCCAGAAGUCAGCCAUAACUUUUGGCGCAGGGAUCGAUCCAGUUAACCGUCGUGUCUUAGCAGAGUUCCUUAAUAUAGAAAAGGAGGGAGGUGAUGGGAAAUAUCUGGGUCUUCCAGAGUGCUUUAAUGGAUCCAAGAGAGAGCUGCUAGCAUUCAUAGGUGAAAACAUGAGCAAAAGACUGCGAGGAUGGUUCGCGAAGAAGCUUUCUUAUGGGGGCAAAGAGGUUCUCUUGAAGUCGGUAGCGAUGGCUCUUCCAGUCUAUGCCAUGUCUUGUUUCAGGUUGACUAAGCACCACUGUCAAAAAAUCAUGAGUGCUAUGGCGAGCUUUUGGUGGGAUGAAGAUGGAGAGAAGAAGAAGAUUCAUUGGAUAUCCUGGAAGAAGCUCUGUAUUUCGAAAGAGAAUGGGGGUCUUGGCUUUCGAGAUAUCGAGGAUUUUAACCAAGCUCUUUUGGCCAAACAGGCUUGGAGAUUGCUCAAUGAUCCUGAUAGCUUGAUAGCCAGAAUCUACAAGGGUCGUUACUUCGCAUCGUCGAGCUUCAUGGAGUGUGGGAAAGGAUACCGUCCCUCAUAUGCUUGGCGCAGCAUUCUGUUUGGUCGGGAGCUUCUAUCGAAAGGACUCAUCAGAUCUGUGGGUAAUGGAAGAGAUACCUUUGUAUGGUCUCAACAAUGGAUUAUGGAUGAUUGUCCCAGAAGACCUAUCAACAAACAGCGAGACUUUGAUGUCAAUCAACGGGUGUCAUCGCUAAUAGGGGAGGAUGGUCAAUGGGAUAUUGAGAAGCUGCAGUACUUCUUUCCAGAAAAUGAGGUGCUGAGGAUAAGGCAAAUCCAGUUAGGACCUACUGAGGAUAGAGAUAUACGGGCCUACUCUGCGAAUGGAGCGUAUACUGUGAAGAGCGGCUACAAACUGGCAACUAAGCACAAGGAAACAGAGGAGGUACAGUCAAUGAGUUUGAGGCCGGGUGUUUUGGAACUAAAGCGACGUAUAUGGAAGGUUAAAACAGUUCCUAAAAUACGUAGUUUCUUAUGGCGAGCAUCUUCGGGAGCCUUGGCAGUCGCGGAACGCCUCAACACGAGAGGACUGAACUUGGAUACACGUUGUAGAAUUUGCUUAUCUGGUUCAGAAUCCAUCUCACAUGUCCUCUUUGUCUGUUCAAAAGCACAAGAAGCAUGGGCGUUGGCAGGUUUCCAAGAUCUUUCUCACCUGCAUACGUUACCGUUGACAGAGGCGCUUUCUACAUGCUUGAAUAUGAUGGAAGAUGUAUCUCUUUUGGUAACACAGAGACGAGAUAUCCCUUGGUACUUGUGGACAAUCUGGAAGAAUAGAAAUUCACUGCUAUAUGCAGAUACCCAGGAAUCUCUUCUUAACCAGGUACAACAAGCGAGUGAAGAAGCUCGGUUAUGGCAUGUUCUCAAUGAUCAGCAAGAUGUACAUUCAGUGCUACGUGGUUUAAAUGAAGAAACUCAGAAAUGGGAACCUCAUAUCUUUGGCUACGCGAAGUGUAACCUGCACGCUAACUGGAGAAAUGCUUCACUACACAGUGGUUUAGCAUAUAUCAUUAGAGACCAAAGUGGUAAUGUCCUCCAUCACGCUCGAGAUGCUAUCAUUUUCUCACCAAACAGGUUCACAGCGGAGCUGAGAUGUUUGGUUUGGGCAUUACAGAGCAUGAAAGACUUAGGCUACCAAGAUGUGAUUAUAGCUUCUGACUAUCGCGAUGUUAUCUCUGCGGUGAAAAAGCCGAAGGAAUGGCCACUCUUCAGAGCUCAACUUCAGGAGAUCAGAAACCUCCAUACCUCAUUUAGGUCGGUGGCUUUUGAAACAGAGUUAAUCUCCUCAAAUCAGAUAGCAAGAGAGAUAGCUACAAGUGUCCUACGUGAUGGUCGUCUCCAAUCCUAUCUGGCCUUAGGAGGACCGGCGUGGCUCCAUAACAGAAUUUUAAGAGAAUCUAUCUAG